GUAGGUCUGGGAGGUAGACGGCGUCCAAUUGAUUUGUUUUUUGUUGGUUCGGACUUACUUGACCUGUUCUCCGAUGCGUAGUUCUUUAAUUUCCAAAGAAAUCGACCCGUUACACACUCAAAAUGUGGAGGUCUUUUGUCGUGUUAAACCGUCUUACUCGCAGGGGAUUUCCUGUAUUGAGGUUUGUGAUGAAAAAACCAUAAAGUCUGUCGGUCACCGCUCUGGGAAUAAGAAAGAAACUUCGCACUCAUUUACUUGCGUUAUUUCACCUGAUGCAGGACAAGAUGUUGUGUUUCAGAAAGUUGCUUUCCCUGUGGUUACUGACUUUCUGCAUGGGAAAAAAGGCUUACUGUUCACCUAUGGAGUUACUGGCAGUGGCAAAACCUACUCUAUGGAGGGUUCUUCAAAGGACCCUGGCAUUUUACCACGUUCACUUGAUGUUAUUUUUAAUUCUAUCGGACAGUUCCAGACAAAAAAACAUGUGGUAAAACCUGAUGGUUUCAACGGGUUUAUUAUUCAGUCAGAGGCAGAUGCACUCAUGGAUCGUCAUCGAUCUGAUUUCCAGCAGCGUUCGCGCUUGCCAAAAUCUGAUGUUAAAUCUGUGAAUAUGGUUGAAAGAACUCGCGAAUCGAUAUCUGUGAACGUUCCAUGGAAGUCCUUGUUUGCAGUCUUCGUAUCCCUCAUUGAAGUAUAUAACAACAGUAUAUACGAUCUACUUCAAGAUGUUUCAGACUUACCAGGAAGGAAUUUAACAACUCGGAUAUUGCGGGAAGAUUCCCAAAGAAAUGUGUACGUUUAUGGAGGGGUCGAAGUAGAAGUUAAGUCGGCUGACGAGGCUCUUGAUGUGUUUUGUGCAGGUCAGAAACGCCGUCGAAUAGGACAAACGGCAUUAAAUGUUGAGUCCAGUCGAAGCCAUUGUGUUUUUACUAUUCGACUGGUGAGGACGGGUUAUGAUACAAAGUAUGACGAAGCUGUUCAAGAUAAGGAGUCUGUCGUCAUCAGUCAUUUAUGCCUUGUGGAUCUCGCUGGUUCCGAACGUACAAGCCGUAGUGGGACGCAGGGAAAUCGCUUGAAGGAAGCAUCUAACAUUAACAAUUCCCUAAUGAAUCUUCGAAAGUGUAUCAAAGCCUUGCGUGAUAUUCAAACUAAUGGAAGUAAAAGUCGGGGAACCACAACUACUCCUGUUGGACACACACGUGUUGUUCCAUACCGUGAUGCUCGGUUAACAUAUCUUUUUAAGAACUUCUUUGAGGGCGAUGGUCGUGUUGCAAUGCUUGUCUGCAUUCAGCAAGCACCAGAAGAAUACGAGGAAACCAUGCACGUCCUUAAAUUUGCUGAGACAAGUCAGGAAUUAACAACCUACCGCAAUAUUGUCCAACCAACUCCCUUUCGUGCACCCUAUGGCCAGAGCCGUCCACGACUACAAACUCCUGUACGUGUUUCUGAUGAUUCUUCAAGUACAACAGAAAAUUCUGUCGUAACUGUUAACAUUGAUGAUCAGUCUACUCAAAUUUUUGCUGAUUUGGAUUUCUUGGAUCGUGAAAUCACUUCUUGUUUAAACAAAAUGUCUAACGGCGAUAGUUUCGUCGGUUUAAAUCUGGAUUUCGAUAUAACUGAUUUUAAUGACUCUGACAUACUUGCCGGUCUUGGUUUACAGGAUCAAAAUUCAGAUUUGUCUCCUGAUGAAAGUGAACAAGACUCAGCACCUGAACAAGACAGGUUACCAAGGCCAUUUCUCGAUUUAAAAAUUAUUGACACAAAUCCUUUACGAGCUUUAAUUAAUCGUCGAUUAGAACGUAAGAAACAGGCUUAUGAUUCCUUGCAAACAUUAUUUCCUAAUCUCCAGGCUCUAUUCAUUGAAUUACUGAAUAAUGAAAAGCAUAUCAGUCCGGAAGUUGUCACAACAAAUCAACCGAAACCUGGAAGAAAUUUAGUCAGUACAUUAUCCAAACAGUGGGAAUCAAGACUAGCUCAACAACAAGCAGAAUCAAAAUUACUGUCACGUCCUAAUAAUAACAAUACCAAAAGAAUUGACGACAGGGUCGCAUUGACUCCUGGUAAACUAAAUGAAAGACGUGCUGCUCCAGCGUUUAAUCCUCGUCACCGUCGAUCUCGAUCAGUCGGUGGGGAUAAUGCGCGUUGGUUAGAGCAUCAAGAAGCUAAUAAUACACCUUUAGGCACAAUAUUUACACCAAAUUUGAAACAUCGGAAAUCUGUUACACGUGUUGAACUGAAAGAUACUCUGAAUGCGGAUAACUAUCUUUUACAUCAUCAAGAGGCAGAUUCAGAUGGUAACGUUGAAACAAGUCUUUUUAAAGGUGCCAUUAUUCCUACUGCUGGUGGCGGUUCGGCUGUUGUUUUUAAUGAUAUAGAAGUUUUACGUCAGUCUUCUCCAGGCCGCGAACAAAGGAAAAGUCGCCCCAGAGGCGCUGAUGCUAAUUUGAAACAAGUUAUAAGUGAAACUUCUCGUCGAUCAGGGAUAAAACGUCGCUAUUCUAAUUCACCAACGAGAAGACCUUCUAAUGAAUCUGUCUCAACACAUAGUUCUCAAAGCACAAUGGCAUCUGACUAUUGUCCUAUGAGUCCAUCUAUAGAAAAAUUCUCAGCAGCUUAUAACGAUGCUAAAUGUUAUAUCGCGAUUGACAGUAAUGGAGGCAUGGGCUUACGAAAAAGGUCCAGAUUGUAAAAAAAAACGUCGAAAGUAAAACUGAUUACUUUUUUGGUUGUCUAUUUAUUACUAUUAAAAAACUACUAACUUAUCCAUACUCAUGUGCAUAUUUUUUGUUUUUAACCGUUAAAGCUAUUUAUAUUUCAUUAGUCUUUUUUCAAUGCUUAUUUUUGACGUACUGUAACACUUACAUCAGAUUCCUUUAUAAAAUUGAAUACACUUAUUUUAUAACUCUUCUCGAA